GUUCACAAAAAAAAAGAAAAAAUAGAAAACCUACUUCCUCGUUUCAACAAUUUAUCUUCAGAGCGCCCUUGCUCUGUCCGAAACUCUUUUUGAUUUGUAAUUGGAAGACGAUCCAAUGGGUUUCUCCAAAGAUAACUUGCUUGCUCGACUUCAGGAGCUUCAGAUUGAUUAUUCCAAGUAUGAACAUCCUCCUGUUCUAACAGUUGAAGAACAGGCUAAGUAUGUAAGUAGUAGCGAGGGGGCACUAAGUAAGAAUCUCUUCUUGAAGGAUAAGAAAAAUCGUUAUUACAUUGUUUCAGCCAUGGUGGAUACAAAAGUUGACAUGAAAGUUUUAUCUCAGAGACUGGGUCUGGGAAAAGGAGGAAUAAGAAUGGCUCCUGAGGAAGCACUUGCUGAGCUGUUGCAGGUGUCACUUGGAUGUGUUACUCCGUUUGCUGUUGUAAAUGAAUCAGCAAGAGAUGUGUCGCUCUUGUUAGACCAAAAAUUCAAGAACCAGACACGCUGCAUCUUCCACCCAUUGUCUAACGACGUCUCAAUCUCUCUUAACACAUCUGGUCUAGACAAGUUUCUUCAGUCCAUUGGGAGAGAUCCCGUAUACGUUGACCUUGAGGCUAACCCAGUGGUUGGCAAAGACCAGCCUCCAGAUCUAGCUGUUUAUGUUCCGUCUAAUUCAGUUGUUGUUCCGGAGCUUCCUAACAAAACAGCUUCUAUUCAAACUCCUUCAAAGAAUGUGUCAGCAGAGAAAACUAAGCCUGUUACUUCGGGUGCAGCCAAACCGAGCAAGCCAGCCAGUAAUGUGAAGAGUGCCGUGGAAAAUUCAGCUCUAUUAGUAUUCAAGAAACCUGAGAAAUUUGUUGAGGAGAUUUUGGACAAAACAUCGGCUCUGCUGUUGUCUGAGGUGAAGGGAGAGAAUGUAGAAGCUUUAACAGAAACACUGAGGAAACGUCUGGCCUCAGAGUUUACCAACCUCGCUGUUAUGUACAAGAACACAGCUUACAGUGAAGGUUUUUACGCCGGUACGCGGUCCCAACCGAAGCGACCGUGAGAGAAGGUUCGGUUUGUAUGCUGAACCGGAGAUAAUUGGAGGAAAAACUACCGGUUUACUCAUUUUCUACUGUAUUUUUUUCUGUUGCACAACCAUUUUAUUUUAGUUAAGACUGAAAAUGAUUUUACUUUAUGAGCUCCUCGAACCAUUAUUGUUUCCCAAUACAGUUUUUUUCUCCUUUA